AUGAAGAGGAUUUCUGAUCUUUCGGGUGCUCUGAUAGGGGAGAUAUUCUAUAGGGUUCCGUUAACAUCUCUACACUUAGUGCGAUCUACUUGUAAAAAGUGGAACGAUUUAACGAAAAAUCGGAUUUUGGGGAAAAAAGCAGCAGCAAGGAGUCAGUUUCUGGAGUUCAUGAUGACAAACUCUACGCUUUCUUCCUUUCGAUUCAACCUCCAAGGAAUCGAGAACAAAGACGACCAAGAUUUGCUUGAUCAUCUCUCUAUCAAGCAAAUAACUAGUAUACCUAAUAAUAAUCAAGUCGAGAUAUCUCAAGUCUUUCACUGCGACGGUUUAUUGUUAUGCGUUUCCAGAGACCACUUAACGCUUUUUGUUUGGAAUCCUUAUUUGGGGCAAACCAGAUUGGUUCAACCUAGAAACAAGUUGAACAUAUGUGACAGGUAUGCCAUCGGAUACGACAACGACCGUAACCACAAGAUCUUGAGGUUGGUUAAUGAUGGCCGUCCAAGCAAAAUACUCAUCGAUGUCUACGAUUUUAGCUCUGAUUCAUGGAGGUUUCUUGACGUCGACCCCAGCACGGAUGUAGAGUACCAUAACGGCCUUUCUUUAAAAGGAAACACUUACUUUUUCGGUCAAGAGGUAACAACAACAGGAAUAGUUGUACCAAAUCAAGGAGAAACUGUAACAGAUAUUGAAGACUAUUUAGUCUGUUUUGAUUUUACAAGAGAGAGUUUUGGACCGCGUCUGCCUCUGCCGUUUGACCCUCCGUAUCCUUGUUUUGAGUGUGUGAGUCUAUCUUGGGUUAGAGAUGAGAAGCUCGCUGUCUUAUAUAGCCACUACGAGACUCCCGAGAUCAUAGAGAUUUGGAUAACGACUAAGAUUGAGCUCAAUGCGGUCUCGUGGAGCAGUUUUCUGAAACUGGAUUUGAGUCUAAUCAAUGGUUUACCUGAUGGUUUUUCUUUCGACUGUGAGCCUAGUAGCUUUUUCAUUGACGAGGAGAAGAAAAUCGCUGUGCUUUUUGAUUAUGACGGGGCUACGAACUUCCGCUACCAAAUGGCUUACAUUAUUGGAGGAGAUGGGUCCUUCAAAUCUGUCAACACCGGAAUAGUUUCAAACCCUCGUUUUGAUUGUGGCAAACUUGUGUGCUCUUCUUAUGUUCCAAGUUUAGUGCAUGUGCAAGUUAAUUAG